GAGCACCUCCCACACUGUAUUUAAUUUGUGAGAGUGCUGACAGAGGGUCCCACACCCUGCAGCUGUUUCACUUCUCCUCUUCGUGACAGCACAGCUUCACUACAUCUGCAAUCAUCAUGGAUGGAAUGGUCGUGAAGAAUAUGUCCUUCAAGGUCGGACAGACCCUGACUGUAAUUGGAGUUCCCAAUCCUGAUGCCACAAACUUUUCACUGAAUAUCGGUCCGAAUGAGACGGAUAUUGCAAUCCAUAUCAACCCUCGCUUCAAUGCCCACGGAGAUGAGUAUGUCACUGUAUGCAACAGCUUCCAGGGAGGCAGCUGGUGCGAGGAGUUCCGUGAGGGCGGCUUUCCUUUCAAACAAGGAGAGAAAUUCAAGAUCGCAAUUACAUUCACUCCAGCAGAAUUCCAUUGAUUCUCAGAUGGCUCCCAAGUAAACUUCCCCAACCGCAUCGGUGCAAACAAGUACAAUUACUUCAACUUUGGUGGGGAUGUUCGCAUCAAAAGUAUUGAGGUCAACUAAAUGCGCAAUGCUCAUUUUUUUUUGCGUGUGUGUGCUUUUCCAAAAAUGUCAAGCAUCAGGUCUGAGACUGCACAUUUAUGAUGGUGUCUAACAUUUACACUCGUGCCUUAUAUAUUUAUUCUGUAAAAGAUGUAGGAAGCAUGUAUUUAGAAUAUAUCUGUGCAAACACAAGAAGCUUUAGAUGGGAAGGCACACAUGCACAUAUACAUAUUUAGAGCACACAAGCACAUAUGGAAUGAAUUUAGUCUCACAAAUACACUAGACAAAGUGAAUUAGAGAGCAGAAAACAUGAUGUAGCCCCAAAUGAACACUAUCUGACUGUUUGUUUGUUCCAUUUUAUUUUGCUAAGUUGAUUUAAAUUUCCCACACAGAAAUGUGGAAGGAUGUUUUCAUGAUGCCUUCAAGUGCUGCAUUUUUGUUACCCCUCAAAACAUUCCAUAUUUGCAGUGGAGUUCAGUGCUAGCCCCUGAACAAUGAAUCAUAAUAAACCUUUCAAUUUUUCAACCAAAA